AUGAAUAAAUUGCUUAUUUGCAGUUUGUUUAUCUGCUUGUUAAGCCUUGUUGCGGCUCGGCCUAAUGAAUAUGAUGCGGUGGCGGAAACAAGAAGCUUUAGCACUGAAGUUAAAGAGGACGGUAGCUAUCAGUAUCAGUAUGAUACUACAAAUGGUAUUGCUGCCCAGGAAUCGGGAAUAGGCGGCCAUUAUGCAAGCGGUUCGGCUGCUUAUUACGCCCCAGACGGUCAAUUGAUCACAUUAAGCUACACAGCCGAUGAUAAUGGUUUCCAUCCUAGCGGGAAUCAUUUACCCACCCCACCACCGAUACCAAAUGCCAUACUCAAAGCUUUAGAAUAUAUACGCACGCACUCUAACGAGGAGGAAAGGCAAGGUGCCAUCGAGAAUAAACAGCAAACAAAAUUAGCAAUACGUUACCGUCAAUAG